AUGAGACGGCCCGCUGUCGGCGUGUUUUCCUUUCGUCGGGCGUCCGCCGUGCGCGGCAACGCAUCACACUUCGAGCUUUGCUCUGCCUUUACUUCCCUCGCCCUGCGACCACCGCUAUCAUGGCUCGUCGCCUCGGCUCACCGCGGCCAGCGACGCGGCAUCCACUCGUCUGACAAGAAAUCGUCGACCAUGGCCGAAUUUCCCGGCACGGAGCCCCCGCCACCCUGCUCGGAGCCCAACCGCGGGGCGCCGCUUUCAGUCCUGCCGCUGAGCAUGGUCCUUCGCUCGCUGGGCACCAACAUCGUCUCGUCGUCGCCGCUGCUACUGCCGCCGUCGCUGCGCGUCAUGGCGAUGCUCGCGCAUAGCACUAGCCCCCUGCUCAACCCAGACCGCAAUCCGCUGCUGCGGUACGUGCUCAAGAAGUCCUUUUACGCCCAGUUCUGCGCAGGCGAAGACGCCGCCGAGGUCGGCCGGACCAUUGCCCGCCUCAAAGACAUCGGCUUCACCGGCGUCAUCCUCUGCUAUGCGAGGGAGGUGGUCCUGUCCGACAAGGAGGCCGGGAAGCUCGACAAGGUCGGCGAGGAGACACCCGAGACUGUUGAACGGGAAAUUCUCCCUUGGGCCGAGGGCACGCUCGAGACUGUGCGCCUGACGGAACCGGGUGACUUUGCCGCGCUCAAGUUCACUGGCGCCGGACGGGUGGCUCUGCAACGCCUUGCGCAUCGUCUGCCGGCAUCGCCAAUCUUGUACAAGUCCAUCGACUCCAUCUGCCAGCUCGCUCACGAGCGUGGCGUGCGCCUGCUCUUUGACGCGGAGCAGGACAUGCUGCAGGACGGCAUCGAUGACUGGACCAUAGAAUUCGCCCGCAAGUACAACAUGCUGCCCGACAACGCCACCAUCUACGGCACCUACCAGGCGUACAAGAAGUGUGCGCCCGCCGUGCUUUCGCGCCACCUGACCGAGGCCCGGGAGGGCGGCUUCAGCCUCGGCGUGAAGCUCGUUCGAGGCGCAUACCUAGGGUCAGAUCCCCGGAGCUGUUUCUUCGACACAAAGGCCGAGACAGACGCCUGCUACGAUGGCAUUGCGGCCAGCGUCCUGACGCGGCAGUGGGGCCCCGCGCUUCCGGGCGAGGGUGAGUUUCCCGCCGCUCACCUGAUGCUGGCGACUCACAACGCCGAGUCGGUGCGGCGAGCCCGCGCCAUCUGCGAUGCCGGGGGCGCCAAGUCGGACAUUUCUUUUGCGCAGCUGCAGGGCAUGGCGGACGAGAUCAGCUGCGAGCUGGUCGAGGCCAGCCAAUCUGCGCGCGGUGAGGGCGCAGGGCGGGUGCCGGUGCUGCCGGCUUACAAGUAUCUGGUCUGGGGAACGACUGGGGAGUGCAUGAAGUAUCUGCUGCGGCGCGCGCACGAGAACAAGGACGCGGUGCAGAGGACUCGGAGUGGCCGCGACGCCAUGUGGGCCGAGCUUGUUCGCCGGGUGAAGAAUACGCUUCACUUGUCUGUGUAG